AUGCCAUACAAAAAGAAAUCAAAUCGUAACCAAUUGCAACCUCCAAAAUCACCACCAUCACCAUCUCAAGAUCAAACAAUCCAUCAACCUCUGUUCAUUCUGGAAACAGGAGAAUUAAAGAUUUUGAAACCAGCUCCACCUCCUCGUGUUAAUGCAUGGAACUCAAAUACUUUGAUUUCAUUAAUUAAUGCCCCAUCCAUUCCAAGUUCUUCAUUACCAAAUGAUCAGAAUAUGCCUAGAUCUGAUAACUACAGUAGUCCAGAGAAUGAAUCUCAAUUACCUACCCAUCAAAAGCAUUACAAUCAUCACCGCAAUCAGAAGUAUUCUAAAUAUUCUAAACCUAAUUCUAGAAAAGAUGAAAUUAUUGAAGUCAUUUCAUCAUCUUCAAAUGCUGUCACGGAAUCGAAAUCUAAAUCAGUAAUGGUUGAAGAAAAAGUAGAAGUAGAAACAACACCUAUAGUUUCAUUAACUUUAUCCACAACUGAAGUUAAAAAUGAACCUGAAAAAGAAUCAAUAGAUAAUCAACCACCACCUGUUUCUACCAAAUCCAUUACUAAACCUUACUCGAAAAAGUCUAAAUCUGCUCAGUUAUAUGUUCCUGUCGGUAAGAAUGUAACUAUUAGAAAGCCACUGUUUCCUAAACCAAAGGUUAUUGAAGAUUUAAAAUCUACACAUUCUCAUCAACCAGAUACAAAUAAGCCAGAUCCAAUUCAAAAUAAUAACACUAAAAUAUCUUCUAAUAAAAAAUCUCCUGUCAGCAAGAAUGAAAAAAUGAGUCAAUUCUCUCCAAUAAAGGAAAAUAAACAACAAAAGAAGGUUAAAGAACCCAUUUCUCCAAUUAUCCAAUCUCUAUCUCUUGCUGAACCUUCAUAUCCCUAUAGUUCCCCUUCAACUCCUCUUGUAUCAUCUACAAAAGAUGAUCAAGAUGAAUCUCCAUUAUAUUUUACUCCUAAACAAAACCCCAUACAAUUAGAAUGUAUUCCAAGUCCAGAACAACCACCUCAAACAUCAAUGCCACUUUCAUCUCCAUUUCCUCUUCCAUGCCCUCCUAAUCCUUCUCAUAUUUUAGUAAAUCCUUUCAUAUUUCCUCAACCACCUUUUGGAUCAUUACCAAUGCCAAUGCAAUUUCCACUUCAAACAAUCAAUCCAACUGAAGAUAACUAUCCUAAUUUUGAUCCUUCUUCCUCUCUUUCUCCAACUCUUCCAUCACAUUUCAAUCCUUCUACACCAGUACAGUCAAGUUCACAAUCUGAACUGGUAACACCAGAUCUUUUAUCUCCAUUAAAUAGUCCAAUUGUAUCUCCUCCACCUUUAACAUUCACAUUUUCUACUUUAAUUUCUAAGAAUAAUCUUAAUCAACCACAACCAAUUGUUUAUGCUCCACCAUUCUUUACCAUAUACCCAAUUCCAUUUCCCAAUAAUCAAGUUGAUUUUGUAACUCAAAAUCCUUUAGCAUUGAAUUCACAUCCAAAUCUGGAUAAUUUCCAAGCGUAUGAGGAAUUUGAAAAGAAUAAGGUUGAUAAGGAAAUUAUUGAAAAGAUUACAAAGCAACUUGCUUAUUACUUUUCUACUGAAAAUCUUUGUAAAGAUCUCUUUCUUAGACGGUUAUUUAAUAACAAGAAUGGAGGGGUUGAAUUAAAAAGAUUAAUUAAAUUUAAUAAAAUUAAGUAUUUAACUAAUAAUGGAAAAGAUAUUAAUUUAUUAAGAAAAGUUAUUAGAGAAAAUUUACCUCAAUUAGAAUUAAUUGAUUCUGAAUCUGCUGUUAGAAUUAUCGAUUAUGAGAAAUGGUUAAUUCCUCCUAAAGUCCAGUAA